AUGGUUCUCCUGCUGGUGUCCUCUCCACCUGGGGCGAGUUCACUUACGGAUCAGUUUUGCUUCGCAAAGAAAGCCUUCUUUGCAGAUCAUCUAAGGGUCGGGGAGGGGCCCCUUCGGCGGGGACAGGGGACACCAGCGGGUGGCGGGAAGGGGGCGGGGGGCCGCGCAGCGCGGCCAUCGGGGGUGGGGCCGGAGCCCGGCUGCCCGGGGGAAAUCGCCUAUUUAGGGCGCGGGGGCGGCCAGGAGCGGCCGGGGUGCGCUGGUGGCCGCCCGGGGGACGACGUGCUGGACGGUCACAUGUACCCGGCGUGCGCCCUCUACUCGUACCCCUACUCCUACCCGGGGCCCGCCAAGGGUAAGGCAGCGGCGGGCGCUGGAGGCUGGCGGCACCGGGAUGGGGGCUGCCCCGCCGUCUCCUCCUCCUCUGACCGCGCGGCCUCCUCGUCCUUCCCGGGCUGCGGGCAGCUGGCGGCCGCCGAGUGCUUCCACAGCUACCAGCGGGCGCAGCUCAUGGCGCUCCUGUCGCAGGCGGGCCCCGGCCUCGCCCCGCGGCCCGGCCGGGCCGGCGCUCGGGACGUGGCGGUGCAGGUGAACGCGCGCCGCGACGUCUCGGUGCAGUGCUCGCUGGGGCGGCGUACGCUGCCGCGCAGGGCCCGCGAGCCCGGCCCCGAGGGCUCCGCGGCUGCGGGCGGCAGCUGCCCGGCCUCCCCGCCGCCGGCCCGCCGGGGCCCCGAGCAGGGCAGCCCGCCGAGCGGCGCCCCGCGGCCCGUGCGCUUCCCGCGCACCGUGGCCGUGUACUCGCCCGUGGCCUCCCGCCGCCUGGCCACCCUCCUGGAGGGGGCCGAGACCGCGGCGGGCGAGCAGAGGCCCGGGGCGCCCCCCGCGAGGCCCCGAGGCCCCGAGGAGGGAGAGGGGUCGGCGAGGAAGGCGCCCCAGCAGCCGCCGUCCGAGGAGGACGAGGCCCAGGCCCGCGUACCGGCGAGCCGGGAGCAGCCCCCGCCGGUGGCCAGGGUCCCCGACGCCGCGGGCGAGGGGUCGUCGCCGCGGAGCCCCCAGCCGGGUAAGGAGCGCCUGCGCUUCCAGUUCUUAGAGCAGAAAUAUGGCUACUAUCACUGCAAAGACUGCAAUAUCCGAUGGGAAAGUGCCUACGUGUGGUGUGUACAGGGCACUAACAAGGUUUACUACAAGCAGUUUUGCAGAACAUGUCAGAAGUCUUAUAACCCUUAUCGAGUGGAGGAUAUCACCUGUCAAAAAUGUAAACAGACUAGAUGCUCCUGCCCAGGAAAACUUCGCCACGUGGACCCCAAAAGGCCCCACCGUCAAGAUUUGUGUGGGAGAUGCAAAGGCAAACGCCUAUCCUGUGACAGCACUUUCAGUUUCAAGUAUAUCAUUUAAGUGAAUGUGGAAAAAACCCAAAACACUGGUCCUGCUGAACAUGUGCUAGUGGAGCGGACAAAUGAGCUUUUUUCCAUGCCCCUCCUCCGGCCACUCCCUCAAAACACUUCAUGAAAGGCUGUAUUUGACAGAGCUGUCAAAUAAAAGCAUUGCAA